AUGGGCGAUAACAUGUCCGAGGCGGAUAAGAUCCGCAUGAAGCGUCUAGCAAAGCUUGCGAAUUCGAAUCCACCACAGUCCGCGGAACCGAGCAGUGAGCAGUCAUCCUCAACCUCUACCCCUCAAACACAAACGCCAGAAGCGUCACGACCACAAUCCAGCAAGAACAGUGCACCAUCAACAUCACAAACAGAACAAGAAGGAUCAGAAGGGAAACGAAUCAAGAUCACGCCGACGUCCUCAGCGCCCGCCAAGCAGCGACCGCAAUCCGGAUCUGUGACGCCCGUUUCAAACACCCCGCCCCCGCCCAAGCAAGAAGAUACACUUGAAGCAUUUGAGGACCGGACAUUGGGCGCAGUCUUCAAGUUGACGCUAGACCAGAACCGACAGACGGAUAUCCACGGGCAGAGAUUGACGUUCCUUCCCGGCGUGCGGAGUGAACUGCAGGACCAGAAUCUGAGCUUGCGCAUCAGCGCCUCUGUCUUAGACCAGGCUCUGUUAGAAGCGGCGUCGAGUCAGCCUGAUGGGAAACCCCUGGAUUAUCUACUGCCUUGCUGGAAGCGGGUGACGAGGCUGCAUAAGGGCUUUCGGAAGGCUCGCGAUGACGACCCUAAGUUUGGUGUGAUUUGUGAGGCGCGGCGGCUUUGUAUGAGCUAUGCUCUGUUUGCUCUUACUAUGCCGGAAAUGUUUGGAUCCGAACCUAGCGGGCGAUCGGCUCUCAAGCCGCAUCUCCUUUUAGACCCGGAAGAUGACAAGGGUGUGGAUCUAGAGUUCUUAAGCGAGGCCGUCAAGCGGUUUGCGGAGGAUGAGUCCGUCAAGCCUGCCUUUAUUGCAGCUGUUGAGGAAUUGAGUCGGGAGCUAUCCUCGAUGGGCAUCAACGAUGAUUACAAGCCAUACGUGACUGCCUUGCGAAACCUUGUCCGCCAUUCCGCCAUAGCUUCUGCUAUCACAGAGUCGACCAUUUUCAACGCGUCGCGGGAUCCCGCUUCGUUCGAAAAGGAGACACUUCUCGGACCCUGGUUCCGCCUAUCGCCUUUGCAAGGUGACGCGACGAUGUCUUUCUUUUCGGCUCCUAAAACGCGGGACCAGGGUUACAUCUUGAAUGCCCAGCGGUCAAUCCGCAUGGUGCAAGAGUUGCUUGGCUCUGAUAUUCUUGACAUCAUCAACCAUAUGGUUAGAGCAUCGGCAGAGGCGAGAAAUAGGAUUUUGGACUGGUUUGCGGCGGCUUUGAACAUCAACCACAAGAGACGGGCAAUGCAGGUCGACCCGGCCACUGUUUCUUCUGACGGGUUCAUGUUCAAUCUUACCACCUGUCUGGAUCAUCUCUGUCAACCUUUUAUGGAUGCGAACUUCACUAAAAUCGAUAGAAUUGAUAUCCAAUAUCUGCAUCGAAACCCUCGUGUUGACAUGCGCGAUGAGACCAAAAUCAAUGCUGACCAGCACGCUUCGGAUGCCUUCUACGCAAAGAAGGCUGAAGGCACAAACAACUUCAUCACGGAAAUUUUCUUUUUGACAGUAGCUGCCCAUCAUUACGGAAGUGAAUCGCUAACCUCUAAACUCGACACUCUUGAAAGAGACCUGAAGCAUAUGGAAAGUACUCUGGUUAAACUGGAGGCAGAAAGGCAUAAAUGGUCGAGCAACCCAAUGCAGCUGAGACUGUUCGAGACGCAAUUGAAGAAGUAUAAGGAUAAACUAGACAUGGGGCUCGCGUUGAAGUACAGUCUUCAAGGCGUAUUAUUCGAUGAUCAGUGGCAGUUCCGGUCUAUGACAUUCAUGCGUUAUGUUGUUGUUUGGCUGCUCAGAGUGGCCUCCGGCAAGAACUUUCCCAAAGAGCAGCUUGUUUUGCCUCUGCCAGAACAGCCGCCUGAAGUCUUCAAGUGCCUUCCUGAGUACUUUGUUGAUGAUAUUGUCAGCAACUUCAAGUUCAUCAUGUGGUGCAUGCCGCAGAUUAUCACGGCGACCCAAGGUGACGAGCUGGUUAUGCUGUGCAUUGCCUUUUUGGAGUGCUCAGAGUACAUCAAGAAUCCUUAUCUUAAAGCAGGGCUCGUUUCGAUCCUGUUUCGAGGGACAUGGCCUCGCCCUGGUGGCGGAACGGGAGUCCUGGUUGACCUGCUCAACUCCAUGCCCUUUGCUAAUGAGUACUUGCUGCAUGCUUGCAUGAACUUUUACAUUCAAGCCGAACACACGGGUGCCCAUACCCAGUUCUACGAUAAAUUCAACAUUCGGUACGAGAUCUUCCAGAUUAUCAAGUGUGUCUGGCCCAAUACGCUCUACCGCGCGAAGCUUCUCAACCAAGCCAAGCACCACCUGGAUUUCUUCGUUCAGUUCGUCAACUUGCUUCUCAACGACGUUACAUAUGUGCUCGACGAGUCAUUUGGCAGCUUCAAGACCAUCUACAACACUCAAUUGGAGCUGCGCACUGAAGGGGCCAGCAUGGACCCGACAAUCCGCCAGGAGAAGGAAGAGCGUCUUGCACAGGCCCAACGCAGCGCCAAGUCGUACAUGCAGUUGACUAACGAGACCGUGGCCAUGCUUAAGCUCUUCACAGAAGCUCUAGCAGAGUCGUUUACGAUGCCCGAAAUUGUUCAGAGAUUGGCAGAUAUGCUAGAUUACAACCUGGAUGCCAUGGUUGGCCCGAAGAGCUCCAACCUGCGAGUCGAGAACCUGCACGAAUACGGGUUCAGACCACGUGCAUUACUGAGUGAGAUUGUGGAUGUAUAUCUGAACUUGAUGGGCAAGCAGAAUUUCAUUGUCGCCGUUGCUCGUGAUGGACGCUCCUACAAGCCCGCCAACUUCGAGAAGGCCGCCGAGAUCCUGCAUAAGUGGAACCUCAAAUCUCCCGAGGAGCUUAAGCGCUGGGAUCAACUUCGACGGAAGGUCAAGGAAGCUAAGGAAGCGGAUGAGCAAGAAGAAGAAGAUCUUGGAGAGGUUCCAGAUGAGUUCUUGGAUCCUCUUAUGUACACCCUGAUGCAAGACCCUGUUAUCCUCCCUGCGUCGAACAUCUCUAUCGACCGCUCAACCCUCCGUGCCCAUUUGCUGAGCGACCCUCAUGAUCCCUUCAACCGAGUUCCACUGAAGAUGGAGGACGUUACACCUGAUACCGAGCUCAAAGCGAAGAUUGAGGAAUUCAAGCGGCAAAAGACUGCAGAGCGGCGACAGGGGCAGCAGGCACAGGCUGAUCCGAUGGAUACCUCCACGGGCUGA